GUUGACAGUUUGGCCUAUAGAUGGCAGUGUUCUAACAGAAACAGAGUUGGAUGGGAGAGUGCCACUGAGUGGGUUCAGCGUGUGCUGCGCAGACAAAACUGUGAUGGCCUGUAGCGCAUCAGUUGAAGCCCAGAAGACAGCAGCCGCGCUGGACGCUGGGAGGGAGCAGGAUAACCGGGACAUCCAGUUUAAAUGGAGAGAAACAUGUGAAGACCCUUGUGAAGAUUUGACCUGCAAGUUAGCCUUCGACAACAAAAAGGCCAGGGUCUCCUCCCGUCUUCCCCUCAUUCAUUCUCUCUGCCUCCUCUGCAGUUUCCUUGCAGGCCCGUUAAACAUGGAGGGCCGGCGGGCUAUGCGCAGGACUUCAUCACCUGACCCUAAAGUAGGAGCUAUAUCUACUCUGCUAGGCUUUUGGCUCUUAGUAAUCCCUGCCUUGUGCAGCGGGCAGACAUUCACUAGUUUCCACCCUGAACGUCGGGACUGGGUCUUCAACCACCUGACGGUUCACCAAACCACAGGGGCUUUGUACAUUGGAGCAGUCAACCGUGUGUACAAGCUCUCGGGCAACCUGACCCUCCUCGUUUCCCAUGAUACAGGCCCAGAAGAUGACAACAAGGCCUGCUACCCCCCUCUGAUUGUCCAACCCUGUACUGAGCCCCUUGUCUCUACCAACAAUGUCAACAAGCUUCUCCUCAUUGAUUAUUCCCAAAAUCGGUUGCUGGCCUGUGGCAGCCUCUACCAGGGUGUCUGCAAACUCCUCCGAUUGGAUGACCUUUUUAUCUUGGUGGAGCCCUCCCACAAGAAAGAGCACUACCUCUCCAGCGUCAACCAGACUGGGACCAUGUAUGGGGUCAUUGUGCCUUCACAGGACCAGGAUGGCACCCUGUUCAUCGGCACGGCAGUGGAUGGAAAACAGGACUACUUUCCCACCAUCUCCAGUCGAAAGCUGCCCCGUGACCCAGAGUCUUCUGCCAUGCUUGACUACGAAUUGCACACCGACUUUGUGUCCUCCCUCAUCAAGAUCCCAUCAGACACGCUGGCACUGGUCUCCCACUUUGACAUCUACUAUGUUUACGGCUUCGCCAGCGGCAGCUUUGUUUACUUCCUGACUGUGCAGCCCGAGACGCCGGAGAACAGCAUGUCGUCGAGCGGCUCCACCAGUGACCUCUUCUACACCUCUCGCAUCGUCCGCCUCUGCAAAGACGAUCGCAAGUUUCACUCCUAUGUCUCGCUGCCCAUCGGCUGCGUGAAGAACGGCGUCGAGUACCGGCUGCUGCAGGCCGCCUACCUCGGCAAGCCGGGCCGCUUUCUCGCUGCCUCGCUCAACAUCAGCGCCCAAGAUGACGUGCUCUUCACCAUCUUCUCCAAGGGCCAGAAGCAGUUCCAUCGCCCGCCGGAUGACUCGGCGCUCUGCGUCUUCACCAUCCGAGACAUCAAUGCACGAAUCAAGGAGCGCCUGCAGUCCUGCUACCAGGGAGAGGGAAACCUUGAGCUCAACUGGCUGCUGGGGAAAGAUGUACAGUGCACCAAAGCGCCGGUGCCCAUUGACGACUCUUUCUGUGGUCUGGACAUCAACCAGCCGCUUGGUGGUUCUCAGCUGGUGACCGGUCACACUCUCUACACCGAGACACGCGAUCGCAUGACUUCGGUCACCUCCUAUGUCUACAAUGGCUACUGUGUAGCCUUUGUGGGCACCAAGAGUGGACGCCUAAAGAAGAUCCGCGUCGACGGGCCUCCUCACGGCGGUGUCCAGUACGAGACGAUAUCGGUCAUCAAGGACGGCAGCCCAGUCCUGCGAGAUAUGGCCUUCUCUCUCGACCGCAACUACCUCUACGUCAUGUCUGAGAGACAGGUUACCCAAGUUCCGAUCGAGUCCUGCGAGCAGUACGGGACCUGUGGAGAGUGUUUGAGCUCCGGGGACCCACACUGCGGUUGGUGCGUCCUGCAUAAUAUCUGCUCUCAGAGGAACCGGUGUGAGCGUGCAGACGAGCCGUACCGCUUCGCUGCCUCUCUCAACCAGUGUGUGAAGGCCAGUGUGUACCCAGACAGCAUUGCGGUGUCAGAGCCCAGCGUACCUCUGCUGGUGAAGGUGAGCCACGUUCCAGACCUUUCUGCGGGCAUCACCUGUUCCUUCGGCAACCUGACUGAGGUGGAGGGGCAGGUCAAUGGCAACCAGAUACUCUGUGUGUCUCCUGCUGCCAAGGACGUCCCCCUCAUCCCCACCGACCAAGAUUGGUCAGGCGUCGAGCUGAGGCUUAACUCUAAGGAGACUGGUCAGAUGCUUAUCAGCACAGAGGUCAAAUUCUACAACUGCAGCGUCCACCAACUGUGUCUGUCAUGUGUGAACAGUGCCUUCCGCUGCCACUGGUGCAAGUACCGCAACUUGUGUACCCAUGACCCCUCCAGCUGUUCCUUCCAGGAGGGACGAGUCAACGCCUCAGAGGACUGUCCACAGCUGGUGCGCUCUGAGGAGAUUCUGAUCCCAGCGGGGGAGGUGAAGCCUAUCACCCUGAAGGCCAGGAACCUGCCCCAGCCUCAGUCUGGCCAGCGAGGCUACGAGUGCAUCCUCCACAUCCAGGGUGUCAGCCACAGAGUCACCGCCCUCCGCUUCAACAGCUCCAGCGUGCAGUGCCAGAACAGCUCGUAUCUGUACGAGGGAAUGAAAAUCAGUGAGCUGCCUGUGGAUUUCUCGGUGGUGUGGAACGGCAACUUCAUUAUCGAUAACCCGGAGAAUAUCCAAGUGCACCUGUACAAGUGUGCAGCCCAGCGGGACAGCUGUGGCACAUGUCUGAAGGCAGAGAGGAAGUUCCAGUGCGGCUGGUGCAGUGCAGAGGGAAGGUGUACCCUGCUGCACCACUGCCCUCCCAUCAAUCCUUACACCACCCGCUGGCUAAACCUGUCCAGUAAGAAUGUCAAGUGCACCAACCCACGCAUCACUGAGGUGACUCCAGUGGCCGGACCUCCGGAGGGAGGCACACGGGUGACCAUCCAUGGCAUGAACCUUGGUCUGGCCUUCUCGGACAUGGUUGAAAACGUGGAGGUGGCAGGGGUGAGGUGUACCCCUGUAGAGGAAGGCUACAUCAUCGCUGAACAGAUUGUAUGUGAGAUGGAUGCAGCUCCUGCCGACAGUAGACCAGGUCCGGUCCAGCUGUGCGUUGCAGAGUGCAGACCAGAGCUCAGGGCUCGCUCCUCGCAACUCUACAACUUUGUGACUCCCACAGUCACAGGUCUGUCCCCGAGCAGAGGUCCAGAGUCUGGGGGCACCAAAGUAACCAUAAUGGGAGAAAACCUUGGCGCCGGCAGCAGUGUCAACGUUCAGUUUGGAAACCAGACAUGCGAGUACUUUGGACGGACCAUGACGGAGAUAGUGUGCUACUCUGCCCCUUCCCUGUCUGGGGUCGGCCAAGUGCAGAUCAGUGUGAGCGUGGACCACGCUCAAAUCAGGGAGAGCCUCACCUUCGAGUACAUAGAAGACCCCACCGUCCAGCGCAUCGAGCCAGACUGGAGCAUUGCAAGUGGCCACACCCCCCUGAUGGUGACAGGGACCAAUCUGGACGUGGUUCAGGAGCCCAGGAUCCGAGUCAAAUACGCCGGCCGAGAGUCUGUCAAUGUGUGUAAAGGAAUCAACACCACCUGUAUGAGUUGCUUCGCCCCCUCCCUGAUGGCGGAGUACAACCCAGGUUUGGACACAGUAAAGCACGCAGACGAGUUUGGGUUCAUCUUUAACAACGUCCAGGCGCUGCUGGUCUACAACAACACCAACCUCCUCUACUACCCAAACCCUUACUUUGAGCCCCUCAGCGCCACCGGCGUGCUGGAGCAAAAACCUGGCUCGCCCAUCAUUCUCAAGGGCAGGAACCUGGUUCCCCCAGCAUCAGGAGGGGUGAAGCUUAACUACACUGUGCUGAUUGGUGAGACUCCCUGCUCCGUCACCGUGUCUGAGAACCAGCUGCUGUGUGAGCCGCCCAACCUCACCGGACAAUACAAAGUGAUGGUUCAGGUAGGUGGUCUCCACGUCUCUCCUGGUGCGGUCCACAUCAUGUCUGACAGCCUGCUGACCCUUCCGGCCAUUGUCAGCAUCGCCGCCGGCGGAGGCCUCCUCCUCAUCAUCGUCAUCCUCGUCCUCAUCGCAUACAAGCGCAAGUCACGCGAAAAUGACCUCACUCUGAAGCGCUUGCAAAUGCAAAUGGACAACCUGGAGUCACGAGUUGCCCUAGAGUGCAAAGAAGCCUUCGCCGAGCUGCAAACAGACAUCAAUGAGCUGACCAGUGACCUGGACAGAGCUGGUAUCCCCCAUCUGGACUACAGGACAUACGCUAUGAGGGUCCUCUUCCCAGGCAUAGAGGAUCAUCCUGUCCUCAGAGAACUGGAGGUGUCAGGGAACGGCCAGCAGAAUGUGGAGAAGGCCCUGAAGCUGUUUGGCCAGCUCAUCAACAACAAGGUGUUCCUGCUCACCUUCAUCCGAACACUGGAAAUGCAGCGCUCGUUCUCCAUGAGGGACCGUGGCAACGUGGCCUCACUUAUCAUGACGGCGCUGCAGGGGCGGCUGGAGUACGCCACCGACGUCCUCAAACACCUGCUGUCGGACCUCAUCGACCGCAACCUGGAGAGCAAGAACCACCCCAAACUGCUGCUGCGCAGAACGGAGUCGGUUGCAGAGAAGAUGCUUACAAACUGGUUCGCCUUCCUCCUUCACAAAUUCCUCAAGGAGUGUGCUGGAGAGCCUCUGUUCAUGCUGUACUGCGCCAUCAAGCAGCAGAUGGAAAAGGGGCCCAUCGAUGCUAUCACUGGAGAGGCCCGCUACUCCCUUAGUGAAGACAAGCUCAUCCGCCAGCAGAUCGAGUACAAAACCUUGAUCCUAAACUGUGUGAACCCAGACAAUGAGAACAGUCCAGAGAUUCCAGUAAAGGUGCUCAACUGUGACACCAUCACCCAAGUGAAGGAGAAGAUACUGGACGCCGUUUACAAGAACAUGCCCUAUUCUCAGCGGCCACGUGCUGUCGACAUGGACCUCGAGUGGCGCCAGGGGCGAAUGGCUCGUGUGGUGUUGCAGGAUGAAGACAUCACCACCAAGAUAGAAAAUGACUGGAAGAGACUCAACACUCUCAUGCACUAUCAGGUGUCAGACCGCUGCGUUGUGGCUUUGGUGCCCAAACAGACCUCAUCAUACAACAUCCCCUCCUCAGCCAGCAUAACCCGCUCCUCCAUCAGCAGAUACGACUCUUCUUUCCGCUACACGGGCAGUCCCGACAGCCUCCGUUCACGUGCUCCCAUGAUCACCCCUGAUCUAGAAAGCGGUGUGAAGGUGUGGCACCUGGUGAAGAACCACGAACACGGAGACCAGAAGGAAGGAGACCGCGGUAGCAAGAUGGUCUCUGAGAUUUAUCUGACCAGGCUUCUAGCUACCAAGGGUACCCUACAAAAAUUUGUCGACGACCUAUUCGAGACGUUGUUCAGUACAGUUCACCGAGGGAGCACUCUUCCCCUCGCCAUCAAAUACAUGUUUGACUUCCUGGAUGAGCAGGCAGACAAACACGGCAUUCACGACACAGACGUGCGUCACACGUGGAAAAGCAACUGCCUUCCAUUGCGUUUCUGGGUGAACGUGAUCAAGAACCCGCAGUUCGUGUUUGACAUCCAUAAGAGCAGCAUCACGGAUGCCUGUCUGUCCGUGGUAGCUCAGACCUUUAUGGAUUCUUGCUCCACUUCAGAGCACCGUCUGGGCAAAGACUCCCCAUCCAAUAAGCUGCUCUACGCUAAAGAUAUCCCCAAUUACAAGAGCUGGGUAGAGAGGUACUACGCUGACAUCAACCGGCUGCCGGCCAUUAGUGACCAGGACAUGAAUGCCUAUUUGGCAGAACAGGCCCGACUCCACUCCACAGAGUUUAACAUGCUCAGCGCUCUCAAUGAGAUCUACUCUUACGUCAGCAAGUACAGUGAGGAGAUCACGGCCGCCCUGGAGCAGGACGAACAGGCGAGGAAGCAGAGGUUGUCCUACAAGGUGGAGCAGCUGAUCUCGGCCAUGUCCCUGGAGAGCUGAGAGCGACCGCCACUCAAAGAGAGCGCCAACACCGAGAGAGACGGGACCACAAGUCUCCAGAGGGCCCUCGCACGAAGGUCCCGCAUUACUUACCUCUCAACGUGGGAGCUACCGCCACGAAAACCAGACCUGGGGCCUCUCUGUAUUCACUGUCGGACAGACAUCCAACAGCUUUAGUUUGUAAUUCUUUCCCCUCCUUCCAUGAUGGCACCAGCUAAGGGCCCACAGACUGAGAUAGAGGCCCUGCAGCUGGAGCUGAUAAUGGCAUAAGGAAGGACCAUCAGCAGAGAAGGCAAGAACAUGGCGUGUAUUUAUUUAUUUUUGUUCGUUCCUUUUUUUUUCGCAAAGUAUAUUUUCUCUCAGUUUGACAGGAAAUUGUGUGUGUGUGUGUGUGUGUGUGUCUGAGUAAGACUCUGCCAAAUCGUGAGAGCAAACAGAGGAACAGAUUUUAUCCUCCACUCAUUCAGAAACUGACACCUGAGUGUGAAAUGGAGACAAAAAAAGAAAAGAAAAUGACGGCGAGAAGCAGAGGAGCAGAUCUCAUGUCGGACUGCUGCUGAGUUUGCGUUCAGAUUUUUAUUUUUUUACUUGUACAUUUUGAAUAUUAUCAGUUGCAGUUGAAAACACCCGCCUCCCGGUCUCCCACGAGUGUUGUCGUGCAAAGACGUAAAGAGACGGGCAGCGCGGUGGUGAAACAGGCCACGGUCCAUGUCUUCUCUCUCUCCGUUCCCUCCUCGGACUGACGCUCCACGUGACACGGACAUAACCUCUGCUCUUCCUCCAAUCAGAAGUGUACAGGAAACCAUAAAAGAAAUGGAUGGUCAACAGUUCAGCCAGCACGCUCGCACCUAAACUGAGGACGACUGAGAGGAAGGCCUAUAGUGUAUUUAGGAGAUUACCAUGAAUCAGCAUCAAUCUGGUGUCCAAGGUUGUUGUUUUUUUUGUUUUUUUUCUCUCAGCAGUUAGGUCAUCUGUGUAUGUACCGGUUGAUACUUGCCAAUCUGUUUAUGUGAAUGUACAAAUGUUUUUAAUUUGUUUGUCCGUUUGUAUGUCUAUUUGAGUUUUGCAAACAGAAAAGGGGCUCAGUUGAACUGAGCUCCGUAGGUAUUUGCAGUAGCUCGUCGAGUGAACGACUCCAUUUGUCCGUCCUGGCCCGAGCCCGUCCAACCACGUCCCAAACAUUAUUUACCCUAAACCACUUUCUUUUUUUUUUUUUUUUUUUCCUGCUAGAGGAGAGUGCGUAUCGUCUGCAUUGUGGCUGCUCAUACCUACGCAGUGUGCGCAGAUGCACUUAGUCGAGACCAAACGAGAGCAAUUGGUCUCUAAGCUAAGAAUCUCCACUAUAUAACCACAGUUUGUAUCUAUUUGGGAACUUGAUCCACUUUGUGUGUACUUUGCAUGCAUGCUGUCGCACAUCAGAAGUUCUCCAAGGGUCCAUCUUUGAUUCUGUCAAGUGCCAAUGAGUCACGCCAGCUUUUGUUGUUAGCUGAUGGGAGAUCUGCCCCACCCAACCACCACCACCACCUCCACCACCCCCCAUGUCCCCGCACAGACAAAAAGAAGCCUAGCUCCGUGGGUUCAGUUUCAACAAGUGCCAAAAGAUCCUGUUGUUUUUAAAUUGUCCGCUAAUGUGUCAAAAAAAAA